CGGACUGGGUUCAGGAGUGGAGGUGCAUUUAUAUAAAUGUCCCUGUUGUUGCUGUGGGCGAUAUGUGAGCGUGUUCGUUGUAAAAAUACAGAUAACACACCCGGACAACCGAAUUCGUAAUAGGCUCUCAGCGCGCGCACACAUGUGUCAGCACUGGCCGCGAGACUGCGGUAAAAAGCGGCUGUCUGUCGCGAGCUCCUACUGUGACGGAAACUUUAAUUCAUCUGAAUGAGUUUAGAGAUUUGCGCGUGCCGUGUGACGGAGUGUGGUAACCGAACACGGCGAUUAAUCUCACGAGAGCUCGUCUAAGCCGCAUCCACCCAUCCAACCAUCCAUCCAUCCAUCCGUCCGUCCAUCCACCCUGCACCCAGGAGUGAAGUUCGUGAGCAGAAGAAGCGGACGAACAGCGCAGCGCUCCUCCAUUCAGCCAUCACAGCUCCCGUUGCGGUGUGAUGUAGCGGUCCGGUCUCUCUGGAAACAAGGACAAACCUCGCGCCCGUGUCGGUUUUUUUCACAGUGUUAUGCUCGGCUCUGAAAUUAGCAGUCGACCAGUACAGAAAACCGGCUUCCCCUGUUUCACAUGGGCGAAGACGAGGAGCGGUUGUGCGCCCAGACUCGCAGCGGAGGACACGAAGCAAACGGAGAUAGCGGAGCAUCCCUUGACCCGGCCAGAGAGAGGAAAUAUGCGGAGCUGUUCACUCAGCUAGACCUGAAUAAAGAUGGAAGGGUUGACAUCAAUGAACUGAGGAUCGGACUGGCCGCUCGCGGUCUGCACCAGGGAGAGGCAGAGGAGAUAGUCCUCGAGAGUGACAUCAACCACGAUGGUUUGCUGGACUUCCAGGAGUUCUCCCAGUACCUGUGGGCUCAUGAGAAGAGGCUUUGGGUCAUGUUCCACAGUGUGGACCGCAACAAUGAUGGGCGAAUUGAUGUGGGAGAGAUCCAGCACUUACUGCAGAAGCUUGGCAUGGAGGUCACCAUGGAGCAGGCCUCCAGAAUACUGCAAAGUAUGGACAGAGAUGGAACCAUGACCGUUGACUGGACUGAAUGGCGUGAUCACUUCCUGUUCAACCCUUUCCACAACAUGGAGGAGAUUGUCCGCUACUGGAAACACUCCCAUAUGUUUGACAUUGGGGAACACCUGACCGUGCCAGAUGAGUUCUCAGAGCGGGAGCGACGGUCAGGUCUGGUGUGGAGGCAGCUGGUUGCUGGAGCGAUGGCAGGGGCUGUGUCCCGGACAGGAACUGCUCCUUUGGACCGCCUGAAAGUCUUCCUGCAGGUACAUGGCUCUACAUCUCGGGGGAUUAAUCUGUGGUCCGGGCUGAGGGGGAUGGUCCAGGAGGGAGGCGUCUCCUCGCUCUGGAGGGGAAAUGGUAUCAAUGUCCUCAAAAUUGCGCCUGAAUCUGCCAUCAAGUUUAUGGCCUACGAACAGAUCAAAUGGCUGAUCCGUGGCAGUAAAGAGGGGGGCAGUUUAAGGGUACAGGAGAGGUUCAUUGCCGGCUCUCUAGCUGGAGCUACUGCCCAGACCAUCAUCUACCCCAUGGAGGUGCUAAAGACCCGUCUCACAUUAAGAAAGACAGGACAGUACUCAGGUAUGGCUGAUUGUGCCAGACAGAUCCUGAAGAAAGAAGGAGUCCGGGCUUUCUACAGGGGCUACCUUCCAAACACACUGGGAAUAAUCCCCUAUGCUGGCAUCGACUUGGCUGUGUACGAGACUCUGAAGAAUGCCUGGCUCCAGAGGUACUGUGUGGAUUCAGCAGAUCCAGGAGUUUUAGUUCUGCUGGGCUGUGGUACCAUCUCCAGCACCUGUGGCCAGCUGGCAUCUUAUCCCCUCGCUCUCAUCCGGACACGUAUGCAGGCACAAGCCACCACUGAGGGUAAACCCAAGCUGACCAUGGUGGGCCAGUUCAAGUACAUCAUAUCUCAUGAAGGUGUACCCGGCCUGUAUCGCGGCAUCACCCCCAACUUCCUCAAAGUCAUUCCAGCUGUCAGCAUCUCCUAUGUGGUGUACGAGCACAUGAAGAAAGUCCUUGGGGUGGGUUUCUACUGAAACAAAGAAGAGGAACUAAGGCAAGGACUUUAUUAUACUUGAGCGAGAAGAAUCAGAAGAGAGGGGAUCACGCAGUUCCUCGGACCCCCGAAGAAAAGGAGAGGAAGUCUAGAAUGAGGAGACAGCCAUUUAACAGACCAGCGUUCCACUGCUGUAUGCUGUACUUCCUGUUGACUCAGUCAGGUUCAAGCUUGUGUAGCUUUCCAGGAGGUAGAUCAUGUUCACUUAUGUUUUCAUUCAUAUUCAUGGAAGUGCUUUUACAGAGUGAUAGAAAUACAUGGAAUGAGACAUUAGCUGCUUUGUGGUAAAAUAAAAUAGAUACAGGUGCACCUACUACCUACUGUCUGCUCAUGUCUAACUCCUCAGCAUCCUAGCACAUACUGUGGCUAAAUGAGUACUGUGAAGUGGUACCAGCAGCCUGGGAGCACUUAAGUAUUUGAACAGCACCCCGGUGUUUAGUUUGUGUGCUACUUUGAAAUGAUAUAUGGGUGUGAGGUGGAAGAAGCACUGAUGGCAUUUAUGAUGUUAUCACUAUAAUAUUGCUGUCUACAUACUUAAAGAGUCUCAGGGUACUGGAUGUUAUUCUUACUGGUAAUAUGAGGUGUCAGUGGACUCCAGUUUCACGGCAGUGUAGUAAGGCAGUAUUACAGGUAGAGUCCGUUCAUUCUGGCCUGAAACAUCUUUCUGUGGAAAGUUCCUUCCACGGCCCAUUUGUGUGAUGUAUUGUUGUAAACUUUAAGCCUUCAACACUGCAAACCUUAGCAUAGUUGUAAUUUAGCAUAUAUUAGUUUCAUUUAUUCAGAAAACACUGUUAUCAGUCUCUGUAUUCUGUCCAGAGUCCCUUCAGAAAAAAAAACAUUUGUCUGCCACAGUUGUAGUAGUGAAAGAUGUACAGAGUAGAUGUGUCACCCACAUCUGGAUCAACAUACAGGAGACAGGAGAUUAAAGCCAGAGUGAGCGCA